CAAGGCGCGAUCUACACCGCCCAGUUCCCACUCGUAUUCGUACGCGAUCGGUCGACUGUUGGUACGCGCUAGGUUCGUGUCUUCGCCAGUACGCAAGUUUCUCGUUUCUUGAGCUAUAGUUAACUGUGCUGUGUGCCGGACAUCGGGUCCAGGUGAAGUUUAUCAAGUGGCCAGCCACAAAUAGAAACGAAAACACACCUUUACAAACCGUGUGUGACCGAGUGGGUGUGUGUGUGUGUGUGUAUGUGUCAGUAGUUGUGUGUUUCUUGUAGGUGUUCAUCAAAUAUUUGAAGCAACAAAAAAACAGCAGAAGUUAAAGGCGGGGAAGUGUAGCGACGCAAUAGCACCAUGGAUGCAGAGUCGGAAGGAAUUCCACCGGUUGCGACCGGCAGUGGCCAAACGUCUGCCACCACCGAUACAGAUUUUGACCUCGCGGCGAAACGAAAAAUGUUCAUGUCGCAACCCUCGACCGUGGCCAUUCGCCGACAGCAAGCCGUCUGUGUACGACGGGCGCACAAAAUCUACGGUACCAAAAAGAACCCCAACGUCAUCCUGGACGGGUUGAACAUGACGGUGCCCAAAGGCUCGAUCUAUGGGUUGCUGGGUGCAUCGGGUUGCGGUAAAACGACACUACUCUCAUGUAUUGUCGGUCGGCGUCGGCUGAAUUCUGGCGAAAUCUGGGUACUCGGUGGACGGCCCGGUUCGCGCGGUUCCGGCGUACCAGGGCCACGCGUCGGUUAUAUGCCGCAGGAGGUAGCACUGUACGGUGAGUUCACCAUACGCGAAACGCUCAUCUACUUCGGCUGGAUCUACGGCAUGACCACGGAUCAGGUGGAUGAAAAGACGGACUUCCUGUGCAAGCUGCUACAGCUACCGAACGCAUCGCGGUUCGUCAAAAAUCUCUCCGGAGGCCAGCAAAGGCGCAUGAGUCUCGCGGCGGCCCUUUUGAACGAACCCGAGCUGCUCAUCCUUGACGAACCUACCGUCGGUGUGGAUCCGGUACUGCGGCAAAGCAUAUGGGAUCAUCUGGUCGAGAUCACCAAGUCCGGUAAUACGACCGUCAUCGUGACGACGCACUACAUUGAGGAAACCCGACAGGCUCACGUGAUUGGACUGAUGCGAGGUGGCAAAUUCCUGGCGGAGGAGUCGCCCGCGGACCUGUUAGCGCAGUACCAAGCGGAAUCUCUCGAGGACGUAUUUUUGAAGCUGUCCGUGCUGCAAAAUAUGGGCAAACGAAGACGUUCGUCGAUCGCGCAGGAGGUUGUGGAGCAUGUGCGCAUACCGGCGAUCAGCAAUCCUGCACUCGAUCUCUCACCGGAAGAAGAUCAUGGCGAAAUAUCGGGAGAAUUCGGUGACAAUAUAUCCAUGUCAUCAAGGGGGCCUGAUGCGGUUACGCCAGAAAUUCAGGCACCACCAUUACCACCGGAAGAGGAUACAAAGACACCGUUCGUUGACUACUUGAAGAUCAUCAAGCCGAAUCACAUGCGUGCAUUGAUCUGGAAAAAUUUCCUCUGGAUGUGGCGUAACGUUGGUGUGAUGGCAUUCAUUAUCGGAUUACCGGUGGCACAGAUUAUUCUUUUCUGCUGGGCGAUCGGACAUGAUCCCGUUGGGUUGAAGCUGGCUGUUGCAAACUACGAACUCGAGGAAGCAGGCUUUGGACUCCAGGACUGUCCAGUGUACCCAGGAUGCAACUACUCGUUGCUCAGUUGUCGUUACAUGGAAUAUCUAAAAAAUAGAAGCGUAGUAAUAGAGCUCUUUUCCACCGAAAGUGACGCAUUGCAAGAAGUUAGCCGUGGCAAAGCAUGGGGUGCACUGGUAUUUGCUUCAAACUAUUCCGAUUCGCUUGUGGAUCGAACCGAACGGGGCCGUGAUGUGGAUGACUUCACAAUAGAUGCGUCAAAUCUUGCCGUUACUAUGGAUAUGUCAAAUCAGCAGAUAGGAACACUACUCUACCGGGACAUUCAGUACGCAUACUUUGACUUUAUCGAAAACAUUCUGACGGACUGUGAGGUGAACCCAUCCAACGGGCGAAUCCCGUUCCAAUGGAACAAACCUGUCUACGGUGAUCGGAAACCAAACUUCACGGACUUUGCUGCACCUGGUGUUAUUCUCACCAUUAUAUUCUUCCUCUCGGUCGCGCUAACCUCGGGCGCCAUGUUGAUCGAACGGAAUGAAGGAAUUCUAGAGCGUUGCCUUGUCUCUGGCAUUACCGGUAUCGAGAUUCUUUUCUCCCACGUUACCACACAAUUCUUGGUGAUGUGCUUCCAGACAGCGCUCGUUAUGGUGUUUAGCUUCUCCGUCUUCAACCUUACCAACCGUGGUGACAUCGUGUGGGUUAUACUGCUCACCAUUCUGACCGGUCUCUGUGGCAUGUGUUUUGGUUUCGUCGUAUCUUGCUCCUGUGAUAAUGAACGCUCCGCUACGUAUAUGGCGAUGGGUAGCUUCCUGCCGAUCGUGAUGCUGUGCGGUAUCAUCUGGCCGAUCGAAGGCAUGCAUCCGCUCGUGCGGGUAUUCUCCGUCUUUCUGCCACUCACCAAAUCGACCGAAUCGCUACGCUCCAUACUGCAGCGUGGUUGGCUGAUCGAGGACCCGAACGUAUACAUCGGAUUCGCCUCUACCGCCAUCUGGAUCGUAAUCUUCCUUACCAUUAGUAUACUGUUGCUCAAGUUCAAGAAGGGAUAAGCUGCUUAAACGAUAAAGGUUUCAGUGUUUGAGCUAAAUUCGUGAUGGUGGACACUGCUCCAAUGAGCCCUAUUGCCCACCAAAAUGGGGUUGCUUAGUCAGAGGGGGUAUAUAUCUUAGGUUUUUUUUUUGUUUUGGCUGGUCUAGAAUUCAUUUCAUUUGACGGACCCAAUGGGGUAGGUAGGUAAUCUAUCCUUAAAGAAGCAAGGAGGGAAGAACUGAAGCAUGCACUAGACGGUAUCGGAAUGGCAUAUCUCUUCAUAGGCAAAUCGUUACCACCAGCAAAUGGCGGUGUGCGUAGGCUAGCAUGUCUAUAUUUAUAUCAUUCUACAUCGACCGUUCUCCUCAUAACGUACGUCUCUACUCAUCGUUCGGUAACUAUGAAUGUACAUGUUCACUGUGCGUCUAAAAUUAUUCUUUUCGAAUAGAUCGUACGAAAAGUGGGAUAAGCGCAAGUUUUGGUAGGUUAAACAGGAUAAUGGAAUUUAAUAAACCAAACACCUAUUUUAGAUUAA